CAAAAAUUGUGGAUCAAUUAACCUCUGCACGAGUCACGUUUUUAGCACGUGUUACCCCUACCCACGAUUUCUUGAGCUUGAGUCACGAUCUGUUAGGUAGCCCUUGGAUUUUUUGUGUCGGUCUUCUGCUAGACAGCCAGCGCCACAUAUUCGUUGUUGAGGACAAGAUAUCUCAAUGUUUCGUAAAAUUAAAGCGAUAUACACCGAUAAGAAACCCGUGUUAUCGCGCGGCGCGUUUAAUUCACGUAUUUUCGUAUGCGUAAAUCAGUCUCUGCGAAAGUCGUGCCCGUAUUUAGGAACUCCAUUGACUUCGAAGUGACUAGCUGACUUCCGGCUAAGACAAGCCCAUGUGGACAGCAGCAGCGGUGCCUCCGAUCAUUCCGUGUAAAGGCUGUCCCUCGUGCUCCCUUAAAGAAAAAGCCUUCUCGACGGAUAAUCGCGUGUGCAUCGCGGAAGUGAUUACAGUAUGGCCGAUUUGGACGAUUUCUUCGCGAAAAAGGAUCGCAAGAAAGCAAAAGGGAAAAAAUUCACGACCACGGAGGAAAUAGCGAAAAAAUUGGAAGAAACGGGUAAACGGUUGGUGAAGAAAUCGAAAGAUAAACCAUUGAACCCGGAAGGCGAGGAGACUCUACAGACCGAGGACGAAGAUGAAUGGAGAGAGUUUGAAGAAGAGAAGAAGGACUACACUGGGCUGAAAAUUGGAAACCUGACAGUCAAUGAAUCCGUAGACGCUGAGUCUGACGAUGAGAAAGGCACAGGUGACAACAGUUCUGAUGGAGAGUCAGGAGAAGGUGGUACCAAGCACUCUGGUCCAUGGAAGAAACCUGAACUUGCUCCACAGCCAGAAGUGAUAGAAACAGCUCCACCACCGCUACCACCUGUUACUUCAUCAGGAAGUAGUUAUAAACCACCACAUUUACGAGUUCAGCCAUCAGCUCCUAGUCCCAGACCACGAGCAAAGAACAUAGCACCAGAUAUACACAGUGAAGAAUACUUCCCAACUUUAAAUACUAAACAGCAACAGAGCAACGAGCCAGUCGGGCCAUGGGGCAGACGGAAACGAGAUGAAGGUACUUUCGAGGAAGUACGUAAUCGAGGCGGAAGUAGAUCGUACAGCGUGCAGGAUGCGCAAGCUCAAGCGCCGAAGCUCUCUUUGGGUAACAAAUACGGUGCCCUGUCGCAAGAUCAGAGCUGAAAUCACCCGUUAAUCGAUCAAACGAUAAACACAAUCAUCAUUAAUUACGUCUCAGCGCCUCUCUCCGUUUCGUGGCCCAGCUGCGCUAUGAAAUAUGUUUUCUAGAGUAUAGAACAUGCGAUAAGAAACGGUGUACGGAUAGGAUGCAUCAUUAGUUCACGUACCAUGCCCCAGUUUUCGAAAAGUUUGAUGAUCGAAACUAAAUGAAGGAAAAUAGAAAGAUCCUGUUUUAUUUGAUAGACGAUCUCAACUGUUAUCGUGUAACCGGAUGUACGAUUUCAUUCGUACGCGAUGCGUACAGAGACGAGAACGUUUAUUUUUUCAUACGAAAAAAAUAUGCUCAAAACCUACAUUUAGCACCAGUUUUGUAUUUAAUUUUUUUAAUCGAUACACAAGAAAACACCGUUUAUUGCGAAAGAGGGAGAAGGUACUGUUGAUUCAGGGCAAACCUGAAAUCGCUCAUAUUUUUGUGCAAAAACAGUGUUACUAUUUCGCGAUGAAAUGCGUGAAAGGUUCUUGCGCUCGUUCUAUUUUUACACGGUGCUGCUGUUUUCAUUUAGCUCCUUACUUUCGCGUUAGUCGAUCGAUCACCGAAUUGUUGAACGGGAAUAUAUUUUAGAAUUAAAACAGUCAUGUGUGACAACCUUAUUUAAUACGAGAGAUAUACUAUACAUAUACAUUACGCGAAAGGAGAAAGUUGAUCACCAUCAGAUUAAUUAUCAAUGAAGCUUUUCGAUGUAAAACCGAUCCUGGUUGAGCCGUGUUUUAUUCCUCGGAUAAUCGUUUCGCUCAACGGCAACGUACGUUAAGGAACACAAAAGUCUAGGUGAAUUAAGAUAGAUAUAAAUACAUGUAUAAAUAUAUAUAAUACAUGGAAAUAAUUGAAUUCCGGGGCUGGGCUUUGGAACGGUGCGAACUCAUCACUAUGCAUGAUAUGAAGGCAUCAAAACAUAAACGAAAAGUGAUAGUUCGGAUAAGUGAAGCCGGUUAAAGGCGAAGAAUAUACAAGAAAUACAGAAAGAACAGACACAUGCGUGAAGCACGAUGCUAAGAAAAAAAUGAGAAACGUAUCAUAUAUUUGUUCACGCGUGUGUCUCCUUUUGUAUUUCUUGUAUAUACUUCGCUUUUAAUCGGCUUCAUUUAUCCGAACUAUUAUUCUUGGUUUAUGUCCUGAUAAGUAUGCUUUUGUUGACGCUUGUUUGAUUAAUUUUAUUGAUUUACGACUGUCACAAGAGAAAAAAAGAAUAGGGGCAGAGAUGCGUUUUAGUUUUUCGUUUUGUUUGUAACAAUUAUUUCUCGUAUUCCACCCUCAUAAAAAUGACAGCGUUAGCAUGAGGUUGGAUGGCACAGGUUGCUAACGCUUAUUUGUGUGAGGGUGGAAUACGAGACGAGAAGUAAUUGCAAGAAACGAAACGAAGAAGAAAACAUGAGCGUACACAUACAUAUACAGACAAACAGAAACGAGGUAGGGAAAGAAACGGAGCCUUGUAUAGUGAACGAUAAGAAAAAUGUGAUUAUUUAUAAUAAAUUUCCUAGGACAACUUAUAAGUACUGCCUUAAGCAUUUUAAUUUUGCGAAUCAUCAACGAUGUGUCGGUGACUUCACGACUCACGCUGGUUCUGGGAAAAGGAGAACAAAAUUUGCGUGCUGAACGAGUGCAAAAUUAGUGCUGCGAUAGACAUAGUCUCUUUGGUUGCGCAGUUGACCGUCACAAUUGUUCUAUCUCGAGAAUCGAAGGCACUUUUUACGGGCAUUUUUACGUAGAAAUACACAAAUUCCAUAUGCGAGAAUCGAAACUUGCUUGUUCGGUUUGGCUAAUCAGUUUGUUCGUUUCGCAAAAUACAAGGUUCAUAACGAUCCAUUUAUGUUCAUACAUUUACAAACUCGAAUUCUGGCGCAUUACGUAAUAUUUGAAAGGUGUUACGAAUUCUUGUAUUAUUAUCUUUUUAAACGUAUACGAACUGAUUGGCCGACCCUGUAUUAUACAAGCAUCAUCAACCCCAGAAAUCGAUUGUAAUCAAUUCUUCGCACAACCGAGAAUACGAACUUUGACCAAUAACGAAGAGGUAAAAGGGGGUUUGAUGUCACUUGUGAUUUGGCAAACGCUAAAAUCUAAUAUUGAAGAAGAAAAAGGUGAAGUCGUACGAAGGGUGACAAAGAGUUCGCCUGUCUUUGUUAGAGAAUAGUUGAAGUAAUUUUAUCACGACUGUUAAACCGGAAGAAGAUGGUAAAAAAUGAAGCGAAAGAGUGCGCGAAAGGAAAAGUGUGGGGUGUAAUGCGAUGAACGAUGAAGUUAAAUAAUAAUGAAUAACGGA